AUGAACGAAAUAUACGAAAUAUUUCAAAGAUUAAAGAGCAAAGAAUACGAACAAAACCUUGUUAAUAAAAACAAAGCAACGGCCAAAGAAAUUGACUCGAUGCGUUCUAGAAUUCGAUUUUUGAAAUCAGAAAUUGAAGAUGUUAACAUCGAAAGCAAUAAACUUGAACAAGAAAAUGAGAAGCUUCGUAAUAUUCUCAAGUCGUUAAAACUUGCAUUGAUUUAUUUGGAACGUGAAAUUAGUCCUACAGUGUGCUCUCCCAAAAUUAAAUUAGAUCCUAAUAUUGUUGUUGAUGAUGGUAGUGAUAUUAUAACCUAUGUUGCUGAUUUAAGAAAACGACUCAAUAGUAUAUGCCUUUUACAACCUGAAUGA